GUCCGCUUGCUGCCUUACUGUGAGCCCUGCGUUAUGUGUUUGCUGGGUCUUUUGGAUUCUUCUUUUGGAUUCUUUUUACCUGGCUUCCCAGCUUCUUUCAGUUUGCCUUCUUCUGCUCUUUUAUGACAGGACUCUGCAGGUUUAAUGUGCACUGCCUCUGGCUUGUUCCAUCUGCCUCCGGAGACAAUUAAAGAGAAACACACACACAAGGGAGCCAGAGGAAGACUGUCUGCACACCAGACUGUAGCUCAAGGGGGUCUGAGAGUGGAUGGGAGCCAGAGCUGCAGAGCAGGAGGGGCAGAUUUGGUUUCACCCCGGGGUGUGCUGACUGGAGGUCUGCUUCUCACACCAGGGCAAACAAUAUUUCACCAUGUGGUUUGAACCUGCGAAGCUGCCCAGAGGAUUUCACCACUAAAGUCCUAAUGAUGGAAAAUUAACGCUCCACUGAACUGAGCUAAAUGCCCCUACUGACAACAUUUCCAAGCUAUUUACAGCGUGGGUCUAAAAGCAGCAAGUUAAGUGAUCACUCAGGAUAUGUUACUGUUGAUUUGGGCGUAAUGAGGAAAACCUGUCAGACGCGUUUUGUUAUUAUUUCCACAAAGGGCGGGAGAUGAAGCGGUGAGGCAAACUGUUAAGAAAACUACUGGGUGGUUAAAAAAAAUAAUAAUAAUAAUAUGAGCUAUAAUUGGAAAUCAAAAAUAAAAAAAAGUGAGAAUUUGGGCUCUCGUUUGAGACAAAUUUGUUUUCAAGGUUCACCUGAUAUGAGGCAAGUGCUGAAUGGAGGAACUUUUUUUUUUUUUACGCACAAUACGUAGACUCCUCCCAGACAUGCCGGGAAGAAAACCUCUUGUUACUGUAGGAUCUGACCACUGACAGAAGCUCCAUCCACGCCGACUGAUGCCCAACAAUCCCUGAUUAACAGCUGACAUUUUGCAAAGUUUUACGCGCAUACAACAUGAGAGCCUUUAUUUCAACAGUGACAGUGCUGUGGGUGGUAACAAUACCCUGCACGGAAGCCAUCCACGGAUUGUACAGUUUUGGCCAGCAUGAACUGUUCUACAAAAAGAAUAACUGCAAGCCAAUUCCUGCAAAUCUCCUCCUGUGCCACGACAUAGAGUAUACAGAAAUGCGCCUCCCGAACCUGCUCGGACAUGAAACCAUGAACGAGGUUCUGCAGCAAGCUUCGUCUUGGAUCCCGCUGGUUCAGAAGCAAUGUCACCCCGACACGAGAAAGUUCCUGUGUUCCCUCUUCGCUCCCGUCUGCCUGGACGAUUUGGACGAGCCCAUACAGCCGUGCAGGUCUCUGUGCGAGAGCGUCAAGCACGGCUGCGCGCCCGUGAUGUCCGCGUUUGGAUUCCCUUGGCCGAAAAUGUUGGACUGCGACCGUUUCCCUCUCGACAAUGACUUGUGUAUACCACCUGCAGGCAUCGAAAACUUUGCCCCAGUCACCAAAGAAGUGCCCAGAGUGUGUGACGCUUGCAAGGAAACAGAGGAAAACGACAACGAAAUUGUUGACAACUUGUGUAAGAAUGACUUUGCUCUGAAGAUCAAAGUUAAGGAGAUCUCCUACAUCAACGGUGACACCAAGAUAGUGCCAGAGACCAAGAGCAAGACCAUUUACAAGCUGAACGGUGUGACGGAGCGCGACCUGAGGAAGACUGUGCUGUGGCUGAAGGACGGCCUGCAGUGCAUCUGCGAGGAGAUGAACGACAUCAACGCUCCCUACCUGGUCAUGGGCCAGAAGAUGGACGGCCAUCUGGUCAUCACCUCGCUGAGGCGCUGGCAGAAGGGACAGCGAGAGUUUAAGAGGAUUUCACGCAGCAUCCGCAAGAUGCAGUGCUAAGAAGGAGAAAAACUGCAUGUGUCACUGCUGGGGGGAAAACCUUUAGUGUUUUUUUGUUUUGUUUUGGGUUUUUUUUUUUCCAAUUAUCCUUUUCCAGUUGUCAAACAAGCCACUACUAAGAUUCAUAGAUUCCUUUCUAGACUCCAGCAAAGGCGUUUCUUUGGCCUUGCAAAACUCACCACUUCCACUAUUUUCUGUUGGUUUAUAGCCUUGUUAGAAUGUACAGUAUCUUAAAGAAUGGGCAAUAUAUAACAUAUCUUUGGCUGACUAAAGCAUUUAUUUGACUCUAUGAUUAUAAUUCUUGUGGCUUUUUCCGUUCUGAAAGUUUCGAUGUCCCAAUACAUUCAAACUACAAUAAUCAGUUAGACUACAGUGUUUCUAAAUGGCUAAACUAACUGCACACAUUUAAAUCAGACACAAGAGCAGGAAAAUAUAGACAGAAAGUCAGUUAAAUUUUACAAGUGUGAGAUUUUGUUCAACCAUUGACUCCCAUCAAUUUUCACCUAGCAGGCACUGGGUGCCUCCGAGUGGUCGGUUCUGAAGUGGCGUGUCUUUGCUGUCACCACAUUAAUUGCAGUUAAUUGCCCUCAGCCGGUAUCCCAGGUGUUAAGACAUUGCUAAUUACAUGGUUAGAGUGAAAACUAACAAAGCUUUGUAUCCAGGAUUUAAAACGAUUGACUCUUCAAAAUCAUUGACAGAUGUGGCCUGCUGUUAAAUCCACAGUGACGGGGGUGAGUUGAAGGCAUUUUCCUUUUCUCCUCGGGUAUUCACUGGGACCUACUUCUGCAUAAUGACCUGAAAUGAAACUUGUUUUCAUGGGAUAAACAAGGUUAAAUCAUCAGCAGUUGUUUGUUAAGGAGGAUUCAAAACUUCUAAAAGCAAGAAAUUACACAAGAGUCAAAGGCCUUAAUUCAGAUGAUUGAAGUACUCAAGUUUAAAAAAAAAAAAGAAAGAUUUUGUGUAAGAUAAUUUGGUGGAGUUUAAGCCCUAAAUAAGGUCCUGGCAUCGUAUAAAAAUGCUUUUCUGUCCGAGUUUUACAGAAAUGGAUUCAUAUUGCGUGGUGCAUCAUGAGCGAAGCUGUGAUUGUCUGUGUGCGUAGUGUUGACAUUAAAGGACAAAAUGUUUUUGUAUUCCUACCGUUUUCUCAAGCAAAACUGAGAGAUAGCUGGCUAUAUUCUCUUUCUGUUCAACAUUUUAAUAUUCUGAGUAAUCUUUUUGUACUUGAGCCACGGCAUAACUUUUCUACAACAGUAUGAUUAAAAACUAUAAAGUAUU